AUGUCAAAAAUUAAAAUCGAUCGUACAAAGGAUGUUCAAAUAGAUGAAGAUGUCAAUUUUGAAUCCUUGAUUACAAAUCAAAACAUUUUACGUGGAUUAACAGAAGCAGGUUAUGAUCGUCCUUCUCCAAUUCAAUUAAAAGCUGUUCCUCCAGGAAAACUUGGGCUUGAUGUUAUUGCUCAAGCAAAAUCGGGAACUGGAAAAACGAUAGUAUUUGGUGUUAUCGCAUUGGAAAUGUUGAAUUUGACACCUACCAGAGAAAUAGCUGUACAAACAAAAGAAGUCAUUUCAAACAUUGGUCGUUGUAUGGUUGGUCUGGUUUGUCAUGUAUUUAUUGGAGGAAUUCCUGUUGAAGAAGACAUACCAAAACUUAAAAAAUGUCAUAUAGCAAUUGGAUCUCCUGGUCGUAUUGGUCUUUUAUUAAGCAAGCAAAUGACUGCUAAAGACAUCAAGUUACUUGUGUUAGAUGAGGCUGAUAAAUUAAUGGAAAGCAAUUUUCAAGUACUUGCAUUUUCUGCAACAUAUGACAAGGCUUUGUUAAAAACUCUUGAAAAGUUUGUUUGCAAUCCGUAUCAUAUCAUGCUUUCGGAAGAUACUCCAGCUCUGGAAGGUGUAUUGCAGUAUUACCAAAUAAUAGAAAUUCCAAAUACGACUAAUGUUACUGAAAAGUUCAAAUUCUAUGAAGAUAAGUUCAGAAAGUUGGUGGAUCUUUUGAGUGGGCUUGAUCAAAGAGUGCGUCUUGAAACAAUGUCUAAGGCUCGUAAUUUUCAAAUAAGAGUCCUUGUUUGCAGUGAUUUGAUUGCCAGAGGUAUUGAUAUUGAUAGAGUAAAUUUGGUGGUAAAUCUUGAUAUGCCAAAGGAUGCUGAAACUUAUCUGCAUCGUGUUGGCAGGACUGGACGUUAUGGAACUUACGGCCUAGCGAUUAGUUUUGUUGAUAUUAAUGAGUUGGAAUUUAUGGAAUCUUUGAAAACAAAUUAUCAUGUUGAUGUUCAACCUCUUCCUGAUGAAAUUUCAUUUAAGCAUCAUCAAAGGCCGUUGGAAACCGAAAAUGAUCAAGAAGCAUAUGAAAACUUGUUGAAUAUAAGGCAAACAAUAAAAACUCAAAAUCCUGAAGUUCCACCAGUCGUAUUCUCUGAAGAUACAAAUUCAAAGAUUAAAAAAACUAAAUCAAAAGUGCAAAAAGAGCCAGAAGAGAUUGAAGAAACAUCUUAUUACCCAUACUAUGAUACUUAUAACACUGAUUAUUAUAAUUGGAUGUAUAAUACUUAUAAUACUGAUUAUUAUAAUUGGAUGUAUAAUGCCUAUAAUACUGAUUAUUAUAAUUGGAUGUAUAAUGUGACACCUGAUGGCACUGGUGAAUAUCAUAACAAUUAUGAUUUUAUACCACCUGAUCUUACUUUUUAA